ACUCUACAUUCGUCCACUUCGUUCUACGCAUCAUAAACUUUCCAUCAACUAAGCAGUUUAUAUCGUGUUCCGGCAAGCGUAUUUUUGUUGUUUCGUCUCUUGUGUUUUUUUUUUCUAUUCAUUUUUCUGUACACUCAAUACCCAUAUAACCGAACAACACAACCCAGUGCGCCCAACAAGCUCGCGUGACGCCCAGCUCCGACUCGCUACUUUGAGACGUCACCAGACGAAAAGCACCGACCCAGCCGCCGUAUUCAAAAGUUAAUCCAUCUUACGAGACUGAGGCAGAUCUGCAAACCGCAAAAACUCAAUCAUCACGGCGGCCAUUCAUUGCCAUCAGAAAAACACAACAGAUCAACAACAGAUCAGCCCACACUCCCGAAAACCACAACCACGAAACACAAUGCCACCACCAGUCGAGAUCUCGAUCCCCAGCACCACAAUCUCCCAUCCGAGUGGCGGCGGCAAGCCCUACACGUCCUACAACAUCACGCUACGGCUCCCGCUGCGGUCUUUUGUCGUGCAGAAGCGCUACUCCGAGUUCGAGCAACUCCACACCGCCCUCGUGUCGCAGGUCGGCGCGGCGCCGCCCGCCCCGCUGCCCACCAAGAGCUGGUUCCGCUCCACCGUCAACAGCGCCGAGCUGACCGAGAAGAGGAGGGUCCAGCUGGAGGAGUACCUACAAACCGUCGCCGGCAGCCCCGACAGGCGCUGGCGCGACACCCCCGCCUGGCGCGCCUUCCUCAACCUCCCCGCCGGCAGCACCGCGCCCUCGGCCAACAGCGUACACGGCGCCAUCACCACGACGGCGGCGGCGGCAGGCGGUGGGGUCGUCGACGCCGCGGAGUGGAUCGAGCGCCACAGGCGCAUGAAUGAUACGCUGAGGGAUGCGAGGUCCUGCCUGGCGCGGCGGGAUGCGGCGGCCGCGGAGGCUGGGUCCGGCGGCGUCGCGGGCCUCAGCAGCAGUCGGGCGGUCGAGGCGGGGGCGGCGGCUAAGAUGGCGCUCACGCAGGCCGGGCGGAUGCUGAGCGCGCUGGACGACGACCUGGCCAGGCUGAAGAAGGACGGCGGGCUGGGCAAGGGCGAGGUGCGGAGGCGCGAGGACAUGGUCAAGGAGGCGCGCGAGGACCACAGGUGGCUGACGCAGCUGUCGGCGACGCUGUCGGGCGGGGCGCCGACGUCGGGAGGCACGGGCGGGGUGGCCGGCGCGGCGGACCGGGCGGCGCUGGUGGGCAAGGGCAAGCCCAGGCAGGGCGGGAGGGUGCUCGGGGCGCCGCUGCAGGAGACGGAGCGGACGCGCGAGCUGGACAACGCCGGCGUGCUGCAGCUGCAGCGGCAGACGCGGGAGGAGCAGGACGAGGACCUCGAGGUGCUGACGCGGGUCAUCCGCCGGCAAAAGGAGAUGGGGCUCGCGAUCGAGGAGGAGGUCAAGCAGCAGACGGAGAUGCUGGACCGGAUGAACGAGGACGUCGACCGGGUGGGCGGCAAGAUAAAGGUCGCCAAGGACCGGACGAGGAAGCUGGGGUCGUGACUGGGCUUGGUGCUGGGGCUGGCGUUCAGGGGCUGGCUCGGGGCGUUGGAGGUGGUUGUUGUGGUGGUGCGGGUUUUCAGGAUGGCACUGCUGGGGAUGGUUUGGUUUGCAGAGGCAUUGCUGCUGAUGCUGACGGGUAGGACGAGGGCAUAGUAGAGGAUGUGGUCAUUUCACGGCUGCGACGUCAUGUACACUGUUGGAUUCAGGAACAACUAUUUCUUCACGAAUAGAAAAUAUGUCUAUCUGCUAACUUUGGAAAAAGUGGCUAGAGUAGAUAACCUUCGUGG